CACCUACAGAGAGAUAUAAUAGAGACUCAUCUCACUUUGUAUUAUUUGUGUGUGUUUUGUUUUUUUUUCUUAAAACAUUGUUCCACCUUCCUCAUCACCUUCACAAGAAGAAGAAAAACAUUGAGAAGAAGAAUAGAGGUUCACAAUGAUGGGCAAUAUCGACCUGAAUCUUCAGGAGACUGAGCUGUGUCUUGGUCUUCCCGGUGGAAUGACCGGAACCAAGAGAGGAUUCUCGGAGACGGUUGAUCUGAAACUCAAUCUGAACAAUGAACCUGAAAGCAAGGAAGUUUCUAAGACUCAUGACGUCGUGAUUUCUGUUUCUAAAGAAAAGAAUACAUGUCCCAAAGAUCCUACCAAGCCUCCUGCCAAGGCACAAGUUGUGGGAUGGCCACCGGUGAGAUCAUACCGGAAGAACGUGAUGGGUUCAUGCCAAAAAUCAAACGGUGUCACGGAGACGGCGGUGUUUGUAAAGGUUUCGAUGGACGGAGCACCUUACUUGAGAAAAGUCGACUUAAAGAUGUAUAAGAGCUACGACGAACUCUCUAAUGCUUUGUCCAACAUGUUCGGUCCUUUUACCAUGGGAAAAAAUGGAGGAGAAGAAGGAAUGAUAGACUUCAUGAAUGAGCGGAAAGUUAGGGAUUUAGUGAACAGCUGGGACUAUGUUCCCUCUUACGAAGACAAAGACGGUGACUGGAUGCUCGUCGGCGACGUCCCUUGGCCAAUGUUCGUUGAUACAUGCAAGCGUUUACGUCUCAUGAAAGGAUCUGACGCCAUUGGUCUCGCUCCGAGAGCAAUGGAGAAGUGCAAGAGCAGAACUUGAAGUUAAAAACGUAAGUGGCCAUGAUCAUAUAUUUGGUUAACACAGCUAUGAGUGUUAAUUGUGUGUUUUACGAAGAAAAAUAUUGCUCAAUAUCUACUGUUUCUUUUAAUUGUCUGUUUUGAUCUGAAUUAUAUGUGUUAUGUAGAUAAUGAACUUAAGUUAAAUUUGUUGGACGUUUGUAAUGGAAAAUAUGUAAUAAUUUGAACAUCUUUUUGUGUU